CACUUUCAUUGAGUUCCACCGAAUUGGUCUCGCGUGUGCGUGGUCUCUCGAGAUUGGCUCUGACAGGCGGUGAACGGUGAUGAGCGCGUGGCUGCACGACUGAUCCAUUCGAUCUCUGUACAAGCGACACGACGAGAACGGCGGCAUUUAUGCCCGAGAGGAACACGACCGGCGACAUGAGCAAGACCGGGGAGGGCAACCUGAGGCAUCUCCACUAUCAGCAGACAGUGGAGUUUAAUGGACGUGAAGAUCAACAUUCAAUUGAAUUAUGUAGUACAAAUGUGACCAUUGUCUCUUCCCCUGGCAAUCAUGACCAUGGUAGUUCUAAAGUAAAAUUGAAGAACAUUGUUGACUUUCAAUGGGAUCAUCAUCUUUAUCCUGGCCAGUUGUUGGCCGUUCAUGUAUCCGGAAAAUAUUUUGCCUAUGGUUUAAAAGUUGGUACCGGUGGUGGGGUAGUUCGUGUUGUGUACAAGGAAUUAGAACAUAGAACUCUACUACGAGGAAUGCGUGGUGCUAUUCAAGAUCUUGCGUUUGCCCAUGUUUCAAAUGCAAUUCUCGCUUGUAUCGAUUAUACAGGAUCACUUUUUAUACACACACUUGAACCUACACCAUCUGACUUAUUACAUAGCUUAGUGUUACAAGUAGACGCGGAAGAUGCUUCCCCAAUUACUCACCGAGUUAUCUGGUGCCCAUACAUCCCAGAGGACGAUGCCUCUGAUGGAGAUGAAGUAUCAAAAUUAUUAGUCGUAACUCGUGGUUCUAGGGUUGAAUUGUGGUCGGUUGCAGCAUUAGCAUCGAGGUUUAGUUCAAUAGAAGCAACAAAUCCAGAUGUUAAAGAAAAUGGUGGCAUGAUGGAAAUUGAUCAACACUCGGGAACUAUUGUUGAAGCCACACUUAGCCCAGAUGGUACCGCAUUGGCAACUGCUAGUACAGAUGGAGAAGUAAAAUUUUUUCAAGUCUUCCUUCACAAUAAUUCUCACAACAACCAACCACAACCACGUUGUUUACAUCAAUGGAGACCUCAUGGAGGACGACCUAUUUCCUGCCUAUUUUUCCUUGAUGAUCAUAAAAAUUAUCAACCUGAUGUUCAAUUUUGGAGAUUUGCUGUGACGGGGUGUGACAAUAAUUCAGAACUCAAAGUAUGGUCGUGUGAAUUGUGGACUUGUUUACAAACAAUCAAAUUUGCGCCAAAUCCUUCCACGGGCAAAGUGCCAGUACUAAAGGCAGGAUUAGAUCUUAGUGCUGGAUAUUUAUUUCUAUCGGACAUAUAUAAUAAAAUUUUAUAUAUACUAAAUCUUUCAAAGGAUAAAGGUGAAGCGUUAGCAUGUAUAAGUACAAUAUCAGAGUUUCUCUUGCCAUAUCCAAUUUUAAGUUUUGGAAUUGUUGAUGCCGAUCAACGUAAGAUACGGUCAACUGGCGAAUCAUUGGAAGAUCUAUGCGAAGAGAUUGAAGAUAAUGAUGAACAACUUGUCAUCUAUAUGUAUCUAGUCCAACCAAAGUCAUUACAAGAAUGUCACAUUGCUUUUAAACCUGCCUCACAAGCAAGUGGCAACUAUCUUAUAGAUACACUUACUCAUGAUUCGUUGGAUUAUUCCGAAGAUAUACCUGAUAUAGGUACUGUUACUCACAAUGGCAUAUCCGGGGAAAAUUGUGAAGAAGAACGGUCUUUAGCCACUACAAUUGAAACCACAAUUAAUCAUAGUACUGGUGGCUUAAAUCUAAUGACGCCUGACGCAUUCAGUUCACCUGCAAAAAAAGAAAACGAAUUAGAGUCUAAUUCUGAAAGUCCGGAUUUAAGGAAAGUCUUAUCCAGUCCUCUUGCACAAGCGGUCCAGGCUUUGAAUGCAUCUGAUCCGUCACUUGUUAAAAACGAAAUAGAAGAACAAGCUCCUGCUAGUUGUGGUAGCAGUCCAUCCAGAGAAGUAAGAGAGAUUUUGUCUCUUACUAAACCAGAUGAAGAAACUGACAUUGACAUCAAACCCGAACCGAAAACGAAUGCCGAUGAAGAUUGGUCCAAUAUUCCAAUGGUCUUGCUUAAAGAUGUUAGUGUGCACGCGAUGCAAGAAGCGGAAGAAUUUCCUGAAGACGAUGAGAAUAACGUGCAAAGGCAGAAAAUGAAAGAUGAACCAAAAACACCGUCCCUUCCUACUGAUGAACCUGGAACGUCGUGGAGAACGAACAACGAUAAUCAUGAACUAAACAACAAAUUGAAAUCUAUUUUAGAGAUAAUUCAAGACCAAUCUCAAGAACUAAAAGAGUUACGCACGGAAGUCACUAGAUUACGGCAAGAAUCACCAGUAUCCGCACGAAUAGAAUCGGCAUUUGCGAGAAUGUCUCAACAGCAAAAUGCGAACCUGGAACAAACCCUGUAUGAUCAAAUGACUCGUCAACAUGAAUUUCUAAACACAUUUGAAACAACGAUCAAAGAUAAAAUUGAAAGUACCUUGCCUCGUACAGUUGAAGAGACGAUAAAGCCUUUGAAGCAUCAAAUGAGAUUGGAUGCAAAUCAAAUGGAUGAACUCUUCCAGAAAAAUAUAACCGAAUUGAUAAACAGUACUCAUGUAAAAGAUGCAAUAUCUUUAACAACUGUAAAUGCAGCUAAACCAGCUCUAGAUGUUGCUUUUAAGGAAGCAUUUACAUCUGUCCUUUUACCUAACAUGGAAAAAGUUUGCCAAGUGAUGUUUAAACAAAUACAAGAUGUCUUUCUUAAAGGUACUCGCGAAUACGUACAUCAUAUUGAGUUAAUCGUCGAUAAACAAUUUCAACUUUAUAAUGAUCAACUGAGCAAAAUAUUACCAACAUUAAUACAUGACGAGGUGCAGACAGAAUUGAAUACAGUUUUGACUGCGAUGCAAGAUAGUACUAUUCGAGCAGUUCGUGAUUCCAUACGAGAAAAUCUGAAUCAACAACUUACAGAAAUUUCUAAUGCGCGAUCAAGAGCUACAACACCUGCUAUACCUGUAGCCGCUGUAGCUGACGCUCAAGCACGUGUCAUGUCCCAUCUUCAAAGAGGUCAACUAAACGCCGCUUUUCAACAGGCUCUGAGUGCAAGUGAUUUAGGAUUAGUAGUACUAGUGUGUGAGAAAACAGAACCGUCGAGAGUGUUUUCAUGUACAGGAGCUCAAGGACAAGGUACAAGAUGUAUCUUGCAGCAACCCGUAAUUCUUUCUCUUGUGCAACAAUUAUCUGCUGAUUUAGGACAUCGCACAGAAUUGAAACACAGGUGGCUGGAGGAAGCAAUAUUGAAUUUGGAUCCAAAUGAUCCUGUAACACGAGAACAUAUGGGCACGGUGUUAAUGACUUUACAGAAUCAAUUAGCUGCAUUUGUAGCAAGUAAUCCGAAUCAUCGAUCGACACGCCGCAUGAAAAUGCUCGCUAUGGCUACACGUGCACUAUUAAAUCAACAUCCUUGACCACCACGUUUAUGAGAUUAUUCAAAUAUAUGAUAUAAGAUUUUUUAUGUUUUGUUUAAAGACGACUACUUUUGUCUAAAAGCAAUAUUAACGGAAGUCGUGUUUAAGACUGGCAGUAUAAUUUUUAUAUAGAGUAUAAAAUAGAUACAAAUAUGUGUGAAAUCAUUAGCACUUAUGCUACUUUAAUACAAAACAUUCAGAUUUGAUUUAAUUUUAUUUAACAGAUAUACAUAAAUGUGUUUAAUAUGCCAUAAAUCUUCAUUCAUUUUGUGCUUAAGUGCUUUAAUGAAUUUUUUUAAAACUUAUAGUUUUUACAUAAACUAUGUCUGAUUUAAUUUGAAUAUGAAAAAAAUAUUUUAAGUUCAAUGUAAUAUUGAUUUGACGAAAGAUUAGUACUAGAAAAUGUUCAGUGCUAAUGUUGAAAAAAACAUUUUGUUUUGUUUCCUAUAUUGCUAGGUUUUGCAUGAACAGUGUUACAUCCUACGUGUAAUGACUAAAAAUCAAUUUUCACUUAUAAGUUGAUAGUAAAAAUUACAAUAUUUCUGUAAAUUUUGCAACCUAAAUAUAAAUACAGUACAUAGAUUUCAUAACAUGUAAUCAUACUUUUAUGAAAGAAUGCAUCUGUAACAAUUUUUAUUAAAACAUCUAACUCUUUCAAAGCUUUUGACUUAAUAAUUGUUUAAAAAUAUAAUUUUUUGAUCAAGAAAGAUUCUAUUUUUAUGACGAGCAAUUUGUGAACUAGGAAAAAUCUAUCAAAAUAAAUAUAAAAUAAACAAUAUGUUACAAUAAUUGUAAUAUUGAACCGAUGAGAUAAAAUUGGAAUUAUUUUACUUAUAAUUGAGUUUAAAUAUCUGUACCUAAUAGGAAAAGUAUGUUAUUUAACUGCAUAUAGUGGUAGAUCUUAUAAGAUAACGCUUGUAAGAAUUAUAACCCUUUGAUCU